UGUUGAUUGAUACCAGAGCGGUGGAGAACUAGAGAAUCUAGAACUGAAUUAUAUUGUAGAUAUUUGUAUAUUGCACCUGUGUUCGGUGUUUUUGGGUGUUGAAAUCUGAGAACACGUCGUACGCGUCACUAAAACACAUUUUCGGAAAUCGAAUACGUCUGUGAUCUAAUUCGUAAAUCAUUCAUGAAAACCGCGCGGAUAGCGUACCUAAGGUAGUAACUUAUUGAUUUUUCGUCACCGCGCGAGGUGGUCAUUGAAACAGCAAAAUAAACAAACUGCACAUACACGAUAAGAGUUGUAAAUUUCAAAUAAUAUGCCAACGCUAAUAAUUUAAUUUGAUUUGAUUUGAUUUGAUUGCACCUCGUAGGUACUCUAUAGUAGAUAUUUGUAUAGCAGUAUAAUAUUAUUAUCGUAAGAUUGCACACUCUAACAAACACAGUCGAAAUGAAGAAAAUGUUGAAAUUGGUGAAAGGGGGGAAAAAAGAGGAUAAAAGUGGCUCUGGCACGCCCUCGGGCGAUGAACUAGAAGACGAUCCGGACAGUACAAUGUUCUGCUAUAAAAUUGACUCUGAAGCCGAGGACAAAAUGAGUCGAUUACACAGGGCUUCGUGGCAUGGUAGCCUAGAAAAAGUCAAGACAUUGUUGCAAAAGAAACCAAUGGACGUGAACACCGUGGACAGCUUUGGCAGAACGCCAUUACACUUAGCAAUGGCCAAAGGUUACUAUAACAUUGCUUGGGUGCUGUUGAAUCACAAUGCUAGCUUAGAUUAUGUUGAUUGCGAUGGGUACACACCGUUCUUGAAGGCUGUAGAAUGCGGCCAAAAAGAAUGUGUUCAUUUAAUGUUGGAGAGAGGGGCAGAUGUAACACGCACAGACACAAAUAAAAAUUCUGCUUUACACUUAGCUGCAAAACAGGGCUCAUUCACUAUAAUAUCUAUGUUACUUAAAAAAGGAAUUAAUAUAAAUGCACAAAAUGCUGCAGGUGAAUCCGUUUUACAUGUUGCAUGUGCUGCUGAAAAUCGUGAUCUAAUAGAGUUUAUAUUAGAUAAUGGGUCACUAAUAAACAUAGCGGAUAAACAAGGACGUACACCAUUAAUGGUGGUAGCAAAACUCGGAAAUAUGUCUAUUGUAGACCUGUUAUUGGACCGAGGAAGUCAACUUGAUGCUUGUGAUAUAAAUGGUUUAUCUGUGAAAGAUUAUGCUGCUAAGGAAGGUCAUUCUAAAGUAGUGAAUCAACUAUCUAUGCAAAAAAUGAGUGUAAUGGCCCGAACUAGAUCUAAAGAAAAUGUUUUAGAUGAUUUGGACCAGAAUGAUGGUGCUCAGUUGCAAGAAAAUAAUGAUAAUUCCAAAAAUCAAAAAAAUAAUGAUGCUCAAAUUAUAGUACUUAAAAAAGAAGACAAAAUAGCAAAAUCAAAUGUCGAAGAUAAUCAAAAUGAAAAAGAAUAUGUGGCUAUUAAUUCUAUAGUUGCAAAUGAUAACGAUUUAAAAAUUAAAAAAAUCGAUGCUGUAGAUGUAGAAAAUAAAAAGGAAAAUCUGACUUUAAACUGUAAAGUUAAUCAUCUUGACGAGUUAAAAACAAACAAAUUAGAUAGUGAAAAUAAUCCGAGUGAAAAUGAAAUUGUUACUUUGAACUCAUUGGAUAAUGAAAUUGAAAUAGACAAUAGCUCAAUAGAAACAGACAAAAAAGUAAUUGAGAAAAAUAAAUUAAGUAUUGAAACCAAAAAUACAUCUAUAGUAAAUGUUUUACCAAUCAAAGAUGAAGAAUCAGUAUCUCAAUGCACAAUGCCUCCACCAUUAGAUCCACCUAGGAGUUGGGAUUUUAUACAGACAAGCAUAAUACACACUACAGAUAUCAAUGAAAAAGCUGAAAAAGAAACCCAGGAAAGUAUUGAGCAAAUCCCUGAUCCAAUUGUAUGUGCAGUAAACACAGAUGAUUCAGAAUUGGAAUGGGGAAGUGAUGAAAGCCUUCCAACAGAUCCUAAUCAAUCCUGUCCGGCUGUGGACGAUAAGAAAGAAGAAAAUAAAAAAACAAAUACAUUUUAUAAUUUUAUAACUACAAAGGUAAUGAACAAAACAAAAAAUAGAGUUUCUGCAUCUGCAGACAAUAUCAUUGAUGAUACUACUACUAAAAAACAUGUGAGGAAUAAGUCUUUCACUUCACUGAGGACCUUUAAACUCACUGUUCCAUCAGAUGUAAACAAAGCUUUAUAUCAGCUUAGUCCAGAGAUGAACUUUGCACAUUCUUCAUUCAGUAAAAGCAAAUCUUUCAAUGAACAUAUACCAAUUGAAAAUGUUGAAAAAACUUCUUUAGAAUUUGAACGUUCUAAGUCUUUGUGUUUGGAAUUAAAACAUAACUAUGAUAUAACCGAGAAUCAGCAGAGAGAUUCAGAUAGCCAAAGUGAUGAUAGUUUACGAUCAAAAAGAAGCCUUUUGUUAUCCAUGCGAAUGCCUAAAGUUCAUGAUGAACAUCAUGAUGACUAUCAUUUAGAUAUCAAGGACAGUGAAACGUCUGAAGACGAGGGCCCACAUUAUUGGUACAGUCCAAAUAAAAAAAAUGAUAAAAUAGUGCAACAAGACACUGUUAUUCGGAACUACAGUGAAUCUGAUAGCGAAUCUGAAGAAAUUGGUUUACCAAAAUCUAAGUCAACUCCUGAAGGAAUUUCUAAAGAACAUAAUACAUCAGAUAAUUCCGAUUCAGAAAAUACAAUAUCAUUUUCAACUAGCCAUGAAGAUAUUUAUGGAACACAUAAACGCACUAGAUAUGCUUUAAAAAGAACUGAAUCUCUUAAAGCGUACCUGAAGAGAGUAACUAUUGAUAAAGACAGAUUACAACAAGAGUCAUCUGGUUAUAGAGAAAUAACAGAGCUGUUAAAAUACAAGUUGGAAAAUCUUAAACAAGAUAUUUCCAGUAAAAAUGAAACAACUAAGAGACUCGAGGAACAAUUAGAUCAAUUAGAUGCUAAAUACACGGACACUUUAAACAAGAUUCAAACACUUGAACUGUCUUCAACAAAUUUAGAUAAAGAAAACCAAUAUCUCAAGAAAAUAAAUAAAGAGAUGAUGGACAAAAUCAACAAUGAAUAUACUUCUAACAGUGCACAAAACUCAGAAGAAAUAAUAACUCCACAUGAAUCCGGCAAUCUUAUUGAUCAAACUGAGGAUAUGUGUACAAUGGAUAGCAAGACUAUUAUAAAACAACUACAAGAACAAUUAAAACUGGAACAGGAUAGACGGAUAGAACUUGAUGAACGUGUUAGACUUUUAUCUGUAGAAGUUAGUGCACAUCAGUCAUGUAAUUCAACCGUGGAAUUACUGAAAGAAUUACAAUUAAAAAUUACCAAAGAUUAUGUAUCCAAAAAAGAAGUACUGAAAUUAAAAACAGAACAAGAAAGAAAAAUCAGUAAAGUGAAAAUGGAAGCUGAAAAAAAAUUAGCGGACAAAUUUUGUGACCUUGAUAAAUUAUUAUCUCAACAAAUGGAUCAACAAGGAAAAUUAGAAAUGCAAAGAGAAAAAAUUGAAAGCCAACUUAAGCAGGAAUUUGAAAAUACAAGACAAAGAUUUCAACUAGAAAUUGCAAAACUUCAAACAACACUAAAGACCAAAGAAAUGGAGGAACAAAUAUUAAGGGAGAGGUGUGAGAUUCUUUCACAAGAAAUUGAAAAAACACAAGAUAAUAAAUGGAAAACAUUGGUGGACAAAACUUAUGGAAUAAAUGAUUUACUAAAAAGUUCACCUGAUAUGUUGUCAAUGCGUUGUAAAACUCCAGAGCCAAGUCCCACAUUUGAAAGACAAGAAUUAGGAGACAUUUCUAGAUAUCAAUACAAUGUCCAAACACUUCGAAAUGAACUGGAUAAAGUCAUUACACAAAACAAAAAUGCUGCUCUAGAAGAUGACACACUGUUUGAUGAAUAAAAAUAAGCAAUAUAGCUGUACUAUACAAGCUAUGCUGUCACUAUUGAAAUUGCAUUUAUCAUAUUUAACGUUUAGCGGCCUAUAUCAUUUUUAUAUGCUGAUCCCAUUUAGCCCUAAACAACAUUUUCUGUAAAAUUUACAAUAUUCAGAAAAUAUGACAUGUGGUGGAACCACUCUCAAUUGUUCAAGUGGUGACCACCGUACACACACAUAUAGUUCAGUGUCACUUAAAAAUUAAUUUAUUGUAUAUUUUUUUUAUUUAUGAUAGUUGUAGUUUUAAAUAUGUGUACUGAAUAAUACAAUUGAACUCGGAAGUUUGGAACAUCUUUACAAACUCAAGUUUAAAAUAAUUAUAUUAUAUUUACAGUUUUAUUUACAUACAAUUUAUUAAAUUAAUUUUAACUUUUAUUAUUAUUAUAAAUAUAUUUUUGUUCCUAUUAUAUAUACUAUAUAGAUAUUAUAAAAGAUCUUCCACAUUAUUAAAUACAUUCCAGGGUGAUAUAUAUGUUCAGAACAAUGAUCAUAAAAAAUUGAAUGCAAUUAUAGUUGUUUGUAUCUUUUAUUUUAUUAAAAAAUAACUGUAUGAUUAUGGCUGCUUUCAGACUUCCGAGACUAAUUAAAAUGUGUUAUUGUUGUAUAAUCAAAUAUUAAUUAUCUAAUUACUAACUAAAAUCAAAAACACUUUUAGAAUAUAUUGCUGUGCUCACUUAUUACUGGUGGACACUGGUAUUUAAUAGUCAAAGUUCUGAUGGUAAUCGUUUAGUAUGUGACCUACCGGACCACAUGACCUACUGUAUUGGGUAUUCGUUUAGUAUAUCAUCUAUACUUUACUGAAAAUUCAUUUAAAAGCAGGCAAAUUAAAAAUCAUAAAAUAAUGUUAAUAAUUAUUUAAUUAAUAAAUUACUAAUACAAAUAUGAAAUAAUACAGGAUUACAUUUAACAAAAUCAAAAUCAGACAAACAAAAUAUCAGUUAAAAAGAAAAUUAAGGUACCUACGUAUCACAGCAAUAUAUCAAAACUAUUCAAAAAAUGGCAUAAAAUUAAAUUAUUAUAAAAAGUUGUAUUUUAAGGAAUACACUUUGUAUAUUACUUGAAAAAUUUAAAAAAUGUAUCUUACCUGUUAAUAGAUUGGUACCUUUACGUUGCCCGUACAUAAUAUAGACAAUCAUCUUGGUAGUUCACAUACUAAACUCGAUCUUCACUGGGUAUGUCUCAUACUAAACAAAUACCGUUAUAACUCUUAUCUGUAUAAAUCAAACAUUAAAUACAACAUUAUUUUGAUCUAAAAACCCAGUUUAAGUGCAGCAACCAGCAGCUAUGUCUUAUUAUUGAUUAUUUAUAUAUUAUUAAUGUUCACUCACUACGCAGAAACCAAUCAAACACAUUUCAACGUUUAUAUACUUUAUAACCACACAAAAUGUUAUAUUUUUUAUUUCAAAAUUAUGUAAAACCAUUAUGAUGCAUUUUUUUAGAAAUCAUAGAAUAAAAGUUCUCCCUUAACAAAACUCACCCUGUAAGAAAAAAAAACCUAUAAUCAUUUUAAUUGACGUUUUGUUCUACCAGGUUUAACACAACUUAACAAAUUUUAUGAAUUUGUGUACUUAAAUGUAAUCUAUACAACAAUCAACUAAAAAGACAAGUACCCAAUUAUAUAAAUUAAGUAAACUGCUUUACUCAACCUAGUCAAUAUUUCACCUUUUUUUUAUCUAUAUUUAGAUGAUAAAAUUCAAUUAAAUUAUACAGGUAUUUCAAUAUUUAAAAAUAAAUAGCUGUAUACUAAAUAUGACUAAUGUUCACUUGAUAAUACAGUUGUACAACAUCUGAAGUUCUAAAAAUUUGAGUUUUCAUUUUUUUUUCACUUUUUAAAUAUUUAUAUUUAACUAAUCAUUAUCAUAAAAAUUAAGAUAUUUGAUUAUAACUUCAAAUAUAGGUGUUGAAAAAUUAAGUCAUUAUUUGUACACGGUUAAGCAUGCUUAAAUAUUGUAUAUUUGUAUUUAUAAAAUAUUAUAGUAUAAUACAGUUUUAUAAGUCACAUGGGCUCUUUUACCGGAGUACAUUUAUUUUUUUUCUGUUAAAUUUUUCCUCUGGGUCUUUUUUACUCACUACUGUUUAUAUAUCUACGUUUACUUUUAGUAAUUACUAACUUGGUAAGUUCCUUUGUAAAUGUAUCUCGCAAAUGUAGCAUUGCAUCACAUAGAGGAUCGUGUUUCAAUAAUUUUUAUCUAUUGAUCAUAUUACCUAUACUAGAAUUGUUUACACUUUACCUACUUGUUUUUAAUUGUGGAUUGAAGCAAUAUUAAAUUUUUUAUUAAUUUAUGUAUACUUGAUGUUAUUGUUUUAAAUAAAAGUUCCAAAAAUUUUGAUCUAUAA